CAGCUGCAUGCGGAGGAGAGAGAGUUCCAGAAGCACGAGCACAAGCACAGAGCCAUGCUGAGAGUCCGCUGCCUGAGGGGGGGGAGCCGGGGAGCCGAGGCCGCGCAUCUGAUCGGGGCCCUGGUGGGUCGCGCGCUCUCGGGAAGGCUGUCGCGCGCGUCCCGGAGCAGCUCGAGUUCCGCCGCCGCACAGCUCCCGCUGUCCGCGCACGAGCAGGUGCCCGAGCCCGCGGCCGAGGAGUGCCCCGUGUGCGCGCACAACGAGUGGGACCCGCUGGAGGAAGUGAUCGUGGGCCGAGCUGAAAACGCAUGCGUGCCGCCGUUCACCGUGGAGGUGAAGGCCAACACCUAUGAGAAGUACUGGCCCUUCUACCAGCAGUACGGCGGUCAGACAUUCCCGAAGGAGCACGUGCAGAAGGCGGUGGCGGAGAUCGAGGAGAUGUGCAACAUCCUGCAGCACGAGGGAGUGACGGUGCGGAGGCCAGAGCCGGUGGACUGGUCCCUGGAGUACCGCACACCUGACUUCAGCUCGACAGGCAUGUACGCAGCGAUGCCCAGGGAUAUCCUGAUGGUGGUGGGGAAUGAGAUCAUCGAGGCCCCGAUGGCGUGGAGGGCUCGCUUCUUCGAGUACCGUGCGUACCGGCCCCUGAUCAAAGAGUACUUCAGACGCGGCGCCCGCUGGACCACCGCGCCCAAACCCACCAUGGCGGACCAGCUCUACGACCAGGAUUACCCCAUCCGCACAGUAGAGGACAGGCAUAAGCUGGCCGCUCAGGGGAAGUUUGUGACCACAGAGUUUGAGCCGUGUUUCGACGCUGCAGACUUCAUCCGGGCCGGCACUGAUAUAUUCGUCCAGAGGAGUCAGGUUACGAACUACAUGGGCAUCGAGUGGAUGCGGCGCCACCUCUCUCCCACCUACAAGAUCCACAUCAUCUCCUUCAAGGACCCGAACCCCAUGCACAUCGACGCCACCUUCAACAUCAUCGGGCCCGGGCUGGUGCUGUCCAACCCCGACCGGCCCUGCAGACAGAUCGAGAUGUUCAAGAAGGCGGGCUGGACGGUGGUGACGCCCCCGACUCCUCUGAUCCCCGACAAUCAUCCGCUGUGGAUGUCCUCUAAGUGGCUCUCCAUGAACGUGCUGAUGCUGGACGAGAAGCGUGUGAUGGUGGACGCUAACGAGAGCACCAUCCAGAAGAUGUUCGAGAGCCUGGGUAUAAAGACGGUGAAGGUGAGCAUCCGGCACGCUAACUCUCUGGGCGGAGGCUUUCACUGCUGGACCACAGACGUGCGGCGCCGCGGGACGCUGCAGUCCUACUUCCUCUAGUCUGCAGAAACACACGCGCCAUACCUGGACGAGGACAGUAGAGACGCACCUCUACCUCCUGUUUACCCAACACUACGAUGAUAAACACGUCCUCUAGCAUGCUAAUUCUAUGUAGAUUUGCCUUGUGUACCUCAUGUGCAGCGCUGCUCUGUCUACUCAGGUAUUUUGUAGCCGUAUUUUAGGAUUUUUGUAAGAUUUCAGGAAACUGUAUAUAUCUGUGAGCAUCGUGCUGUCCACUACAGCCCAGUCAGAACACCUGACUGAUGUGUGUGUGUGUGUGUGUGUGAGUGUGUGUGUGUGUGUGUGGCUCUCAUCCAUUCAUGAUUCUGUGUUAGGUCAAACUCAAUCAAAUAAAGAGAAAAUCUGUGUGAA